CAGAAUAGGUUCCUUAAUUUUCUUUAGACCUUUCAAUUAAUAUCUUUAACUUUAAAGGAUAUAAAGCGAUAAGGAGAGGAAGGAGAUACAGAACCAUGCUCCUAUAAAAAUUGUUUUUGGAGAGCAGGUGUAGGUUUUGUGUUUUGUUAUGGAUAUACCAUCUUCGGAUUCGCAUAAUAUGCAGGGAUUUGGAACACCCGUAUAUUCAGAGGGGGCAAAUUUUCAUGGAAUUGUUUACACAGGAUACAACGAAUUCCAUCAUACAGCAAUUGACGCUAGUCGACAACCAGACGUAGUUUCACAAUACCAGUACUUUGGAUAUCCAUCAUUACCGCAGAGUGAGCUUGAGAAUGGAGCCUACUGGCCAGCUGGGGACAUUGGUAUCCAUCCUGGGAUACAAGCCUACCCUGUUGCCUACACCAGCCACUCUGACUCAGCACAAGGGAUUGACUACAGCAAUAUGUCUACAGGGGGUCAGCAGGUCAUCGGGAAAAACGGGAAGCCAAAACGAAAACGAGUCCAGUCUGUUGCCCAACGAAGAGCUGCUAAUGUUCGCGAAAGACGGAGAAUGUUUCAUUUAAACGAGGCUUUUGACGAGUUGCGCAAACGUCUUCCUGCUUUUAACUAUGAAAAAAGGUUAUCGCGGAUAGAAACACUUAGACUGGCUAUGACGUAUAUUUCAUUUAUGAAGGGUGUUUCAGAAGGCCAGGACCCUCAAAAGAUAAAAUUAAGACCCUGUAAAACCGAGGAAAGCGAGGCGUAUAAUUCCAUGCACAGAGAAGGAAGCAGUCCUUAUUAUGGUAACGAAUCAAUCGAGGACUGAUACAGUAUUUAGAUGCGGGAAUGUUUAAAUUCAGUGUAAGAAUCCCAUGAUAAAAAUUUUGUCGGAUGAAAAUAUAUUUUAAGGAUUCUACAGUGUGUUUUUUGCAUGUUUUUUUAUCAGGUGAUGAGUUCAGUGAAAUUUUAUUAACUAUUUUCUUGAAAAUGUUGACAAACUCACCACGUACUUACAUAUCAAUUCAAGUCAAAAGAACAGAUAAAAAAUUAUACAUAUAUGUAUAAACAUUUUAAAAUGUGAGUGUUAUACUUGAUGAUAUUUUUCUCGACAUUUUCUUGCACAAUUUCAUUCAUGAAUAUAUCAUUGGUGUUUUUUUUUUUAAAAAAACAUUGCUAUAGAGCCAAAGGGAAGAAAGUGCUUUUAUUUUUAUU